UGUUCAUUUCCAAGAUUCCAUCAUUUCAGAGUUUCACAUGUCCUCCAAAGUGCCUCAACAGCCUGGAAACACAAAUACUAUUCAUUUUCAAGAAGGACAACAUCAGAAUCUUUCACCAGAAAUAGAACGGGUGCUACCUACCGUUUGGUUGGAGAAAGAAUCAAAUACUUCUCAUUCCAAUAAGAAAUGGGACUUUUUUGUUAGUAGCAAUGAUAGUAAAAAAGUAACUGAUCUCAGUGCACGUCAUUCUGGUGAUGAAGAGGAUGAAAUGAAGGCUUUUCUUGGGAUAUUUGAUGGGAUUUUCUAAAAGAAGCAAACAAGAUGCUGCGUGUAUUAUAUUGGUAUC